ACAAGAUAGUAACUGGUGAUUCUUGGGAGAAGAGUGCAAGAUCCGAAAAUAUGCCGAGCGGGUGGGUCAAGUCCUUCCACUGCAAAUCCAGGGCGUUUGACGACGUUUACCACCCCAACCCCAAGCAUCUCUUACCCAGUUCUAGUUGCAGGAGGUCCUCUCAAACAAUCAAAGACGUCGUCCAAACGGCGAACCAGAAACUGAAACCACCCAAGAAAUCUAAUUCCAAACCUACACCUAAGUGCCCCAAACCAGAACCCACUCUCAAUCCUCCUCCGCACCCGCCCCCGCCGCCGACUAGGAUUGGCCACAGCAACUCUUCGCGUUCUGCCUGCGCCAACCCUGACCCGUUUCUAACUGAGCUACCCGAGGGACAUCCUUCGAGGAAUGUAGUCGAGAUAAUCUUCCAUACGAGCUGGAGUCCCAAGGCGUUCGUGGGUCGGAUUGAGAUGAUAUUCAAAGUGCAGAAUGGGCCGAGAACCGUGGCGAGGUUUGAGGAAUAUCGUGAGACGGUGAAAGCACGUUCCGGUUCGGGUCCGGAUGGUCUGGCUGACGAGGAAAAUUCGCGGUGCGUCGCCGACGGGAACGAGGUGAUGCGUUUUCAGUGCUUGGGUCCCACGUCCGGUGCCAGUGGAGUGAACAAUACUUGGUUGUUUUCCGCCGGAAAAGGUUCUGCUAUCUGUACGUUCUCCGGGAGCGGCGGGGCACAUGAGAGCGCUGGAGGCGGGAGAGGGAGGAGGGCGAUGCUGGUCUGCCGAGUCAUUGCGGGUCGUGUGUCGAAAAGGGUCGGGUUCGGAUACGAGUCGCUCCGAGAUGGACGAGUCGGGUAUGACUCAGUGAGUGGGGACAGCGGAGAGUUACUCGUGUUUGACCCACGCGCGGUGUUGCCUUGCUUCCUUAUUAUUUACAAAUUGUAAAAAUAGUGCAAAAAUAUCUUUCUUUCUUUCUCUCUCUCUUUUUUUUUUUUUUUUUCCACAUCUUUUAUUUUUUAUUUCACUAUACUCGCAUAUCAUGCAAUUUAAAUUUAGAUACUCUCAAAUAAAUAAAAAAUUAUUAC